AGAUAUCCAUUCAUUCCAAUUCACACUCAAUACUCCGUCAUCAACAGUCCCGUCACUUCUUUACCCGUCCCUAUCUCAACAUGUCGGCCCCUCAACAGCAACCCGCUCAGGACGGCCCCUUCAAGGCCGAUGAGUUCAGCGAGUGGCAGACACGCGCAAAGACAGCACUCAACAACCAGGCGUGGAACUCUGCCUCUCCCGAGGGAUCCCAGCCGUGGUUGAACAGCAUCUGGGGAUGUAUUACGCCCCCAAGCACCUGCCUUGUGACAUGCUGCUGCCCUUGCAUUACAUUCGGCAAAACCCAUCAUCGCCUACGACAUAACGGCGACAUGGCCGGAUACUCACCCGUCAACACUUCCUGCAUCCUCUUCUUCGCCUCCAGCUACGUCUGCCUCAACUGGGUCAUGAACGCGCUCCAGCUCCAGGAGAUCCGCGAGAAGCACAACCUCGAGGGAAGCUGCACCAAGGACCUCGCUUGCUCGUUCUGCUGCUUGGGAUGCUCGCUGUGCCAGGCGGAGAAGGAGACCGUGGCUCGUGCUGGGGAGAAGGGCGCCGUGGAUCAGCAGUACAAGGCUGAGCAGAUGGUUAUGCCUGGUGCGCAGAACUGAGAGAAUGGAGUGUGUGAGUGUGUGAGGAACGAAGGAUAGAGGGAGAUUGAGUGGUGGAAGUUGGGAUCAUUAUUAUACCCGCCUAAUUAAUUUUACAUCCGUGUAACUCCGAAAGCAAGUCCAGAAGAGUGCCAAAUAGCAUCGUGGAUCCCAGGCCUUUGACGCCGAUGCUUUCAAUUAUCAAACCAUUUGUUUCUCGCCACUGUGCCCAAUUUGAUGGCCCAUGAAAUUCGAUCGUCCAUCAGAUG